AUGAAAGAGCAAAAGAGACACUUUCCGAUCACUUGGGUUGAUCGAGGACUGCCCUUUCCAGUAGAUGAGUGGCGAAAAUACGCGAAUCAAGAAGUCAAGACCUACCCAAAGUACAGAUACACGAUUCUUGCCGAGAAUUUGUACCCCGAAAUCAUGAGCAUCGAUGUUAAAGUUACUGGCGUCGCCGAAGACAUAUUUUUGGGCCUGGCAGAGGGGCCGGAUAAAAAGGCGGAGCUUUGGGAAAUCGCGGUAGCAGAAACAGACAAGAAAUAUCGAAAAUAUCUGAUCGCCCUUCGUCCUCGAAUUCAAGGAAAAGACGUUGUUCAGAGCUGGAUCAACUCGCCCAUGAUGUCUAAGAGCUUUAUCUUGCGAAUCACGAUGAGGAAGGAGACGAUCAAGUUAGAGAUUUCAUACAAAGACCAGUUCGAAGAUCCAGUUCUGCUUUUCACAACGCACUGUCCUGAAUUCAAAAAAGAACGCUUCAAGUGUCUGAAAUGCGCGACUCGUGGCAAGUCGGGAACUUUCGAAUUGCUGGAGAUCAAGUACCUACCCCCGGUGAAGGAGAUCGUCGUCGGCGGAGCUUCGCGGUAUCCACAUUUGCACGGAGAAUACACACUUGUCGGAUUCAGAAACAGCCACCCUUAUUACAAGUCCAAGGCCGAAAAAGGCAAAUACAGAUAUUUACAGAUCGACAGCGAGACAAAACGAUGGAUGGUUCACCACGAAAAGGACCGCACGGACGAGUACUUCUGGUCGCCUCCGAUCGGCUCGCUUUGCCCCUCACAGAUAAAGGAAUGGUUCGUUCACAUUGCUGGAGAAAACAAGCGGGUUCGUCCUCGCUUUUUCAUCAUCAGCAAGGCGAAAUACAACAACGAGAUCAUCCGAAUAUCGUACAACACGAGCACGCCGAGAGGAGAUCAGAACAUCUCCAUCACGCAAUUCUUCCCUGAUGACAGUGAGCAUUCCUCCUCCUCCUGCUGCGUCAUUCUCUAG